CGACUGCGAGUGCGAGUGGGGGGCGAGAGAGAUAAUAUGUACAUUCUGUGCAUAUAUACACAUAUACACAUGUGAAUACGUAUUAUUUCUAUACGCCGCGAUCGGAAGCAACAACAACAAUGUGGGUCGUGCAUAUUGAACGUAUGCAAAUAAAACAAAAACAGAUAAAUGCCAAAAAUCUACUACACUUUUAUAACCAAAACACACAGAGCGCGGAGAAACAGAAACCGAAACAGAAACAGCGGCGAUAACAGUAACAGCGGAGAAAGACCACCCCCACAGCGAAAGCGAAGAGAGCGUAAGAGAGUGGCGGUUAGAAGUAUCGUUGAGAUACACCAACACUAAGAGCACGCGUAUCUGUUUCUGCAUCUGUAAAUGUAUCUUCUGGUCUGCGUUUUUCGACUCCUCGUAUAAAUUGAGCCGCACUUUGCUUAUUCUCGAGUUUUUGCUGCUCAGACGUCGCUGUAAGUGCACGCGUCGCUCGACUUUUCGGUUCCGCUCCGCUCCGAAUCGGUUUCGUUUUCGGCUCCCAAUACCUUCAAUAUUCCCUGAAAGAUACCUGUGUCCAAGAGCCCAGUUAAAACCACAUAUUUUCGUGCUUUGUUUAUUUACUAAUUUCAAAACGCUCAAGACAAAUAAUUCCGCAAACAAUACAGAAUAUGUAUGUUUAAAAAAACGAGUUGACAUAUUUAUCCGAUCAUUAUCCGUAUAACAUAUAAAAUCCCAUAUAGAAUACCAUAAUACAAUUUUUUGAAAUUUAUAAAACAAUAAGAAUUUAAGACCAUUUUGGUUAAAAAUUAAAGUGCCAAGUCCCUUUUCAGUGAAUGCUCGAAAAAUUUGUUUUAUUGAAACCCAGCCGCAAAUACAAUUUUCAAUUGGCUGUGUGCGUGUCUUCAACGCACAAACGUACAAAUAUAGCAUUUAAUUUUGUUCAUUAUGUGUGCAAUUAAAUAAAAAAAAUUGUGUGUGAAAUAACAGAAAAAACAGUGCGGCGAACAGAGGCAGCAACAAAUUAAACGCGUAAAUUGCGUAGCAAAUUCUGAAUGAAAAAAUUCAACAAAACCAGAAAGCGAAACAGGAGCGAUAAGCGUACCAACUAAAGAAACUCACGCCUAACAAAAAUACACAACACUGCCAUAUUAUCACAAAGAAUACAGAACUGUUUUGAAGACCAGAUCAACCAAUCUACCUCGUCUUCUGGGCCAACAAGCAAAUCAAAACUAAACUCAAUGCCACAACCCCAUUUCCGAAUAGGAAAAUGGAACAGGCAAUAAGCAAGACCACAUAGAGGAGAUUCACUAAACCGAUCCGUUGAGAUUACGCAGCUAAGAUCAAGAAAACCCCAGAAGAUCGAUCAAAUCACCUAGUUUUUUAGAGUUCCACCAGAAGCCAAAAUGACGAAGAGCAAUGGCGAUGUGGAGGCGGCAGCCCAGGUGCAAUCCCUGGGCGGAAAGCCCAGCAAUGGACAUGGCCAGCUGAAUGGGAAUGGCUAUCAUCAGAAUGGCGGACGCAGGGAUUCCAGUCAGGCCUUUACACCACUGCUGCCGCAGCACAACAAUGGCACCACCAACGGUGAGGUGGCCACUCCGCCUCCAAGCACAGUGCUUUACGAGAGCACCCCAAGCAAUAAUAACGAGUGGAAGGCACCAGAGGAUCUGGGCCACCUGAAGAACGGCCUGGGCAACAUUCUGAGCAGUAACAAUAAUGGCACCGGCAAUGGGCACAGUCUCAGCGAGAAAUAUGCCCACGAACAGGCUCCGUUGACCGGAGGAUACAAGUUGCCACCUCGCUCCAGUGAGUCCGAGGAAUCCGAUUUCGAUUCGGAUCUCAAUGGCGGCUCCUCCGCGGAAUCCAGCUCCAGUUGCGGCCUCUUCGGCUGCCGGCCCAGGUGGGCCAGGAGAUUCGCCUCCACGCACGUCUUCAUGGUGGUCUUUCUGCUGGCGUACAUCCUGCAGGGCAUGUACAUGACCUACUUCGUCUCAGUGAUCACCACCAUCGAGAAGCUAUUCCAGAUCAAGUCGAAGACCACGGGAAUACUGCUGAGCGCCAGUGAGAUGGGUCAGAUAUGCACGGCCAUGCUGUUGACCUACUUCGCCGGCAGAGGACACCGUCCCAGAUGGAUCGCCUGCGGCAUGGUGCUGUUCUCCAUCGCCGCCUUCUCCUGCGCCCUGCCCCAUUUCAUCUUCGGCGAGCAGCUGAUGCACUCCAGUGUGAUCCUGCAGCAGACGCAGCUCGCUCCCGCCAAUGAUUCCUUCCCCUCACACUGGCUGAAUGCCAGCAGGGAGCAGCUUAAUCCCAAUCUGUGCAUUCUGGGGGGCAACCAAACGCUCUCGGGCAGCGAGUGCAACGAGGAGCGCCAGCUGGAGCAGGCCUCCCACUCCAAGAUCACCGUCAUCGUGCUCUGCAUAUUCUUUGGCAGCCUGCUGAGCUCGGGCAUUGGCCAGACCGCCGUGGCCACGCUGGGCAUACCCUACAUCGAUGACAACGUGGGCAGCAAGCAGUCGCCCAUGUACAUGGCCGUCACCAUUGGCAUGAGGAUCCUGGGACCGGCGUCCGGUUUCAUUUUCGGCAGCUUCUGCACGCGCUGGUAUGUGAACUUCUCGAAUCCCGGCUUCGACGCCACCGAUCCGCGCUGGAUCGGCGCCUGGUGGCUGGGACCGGUGGCCAUUGGCAGCCUCAUGCUGCUGGCCUCCAUUGCCAUGUUCUCGUUCCCCAAGCAGUUGCGCGGCAAGCAGAAGCCGCCUGGCCAGACGGCCACUCCAGCAGCUCCAGUUGAGCCGGAGGAGAAGCCCAAGCUGAAAGAUUUUCCCAAGACAGUGCGUCGCCAGCUGAGCAACGACAUCCUGAUGUUCCGCACCGCCUCGUGUGUGUUCCACCUGCUGCCCAUCGCCGGUCUCUAUACGUUCCUGCCCAAGUAUCUGGAGACCCAGUUCCGGCUGGCCACCUAUGAUGCCAACAUGAUUGCCGCCUUCUGUGGCAUCCUGGUCAUGGGCAUCGGAAUCGUCAUUUCCGGGCUCUUCAUCCUCAAGCGGAAGCCCACUGCCAGGGGCGUGGCCGCCUGGAUCGCCUUCACAGCCCUCGUCUACUCGGCGGGCAUGAUCAUUCUGAUGUUCAUCGGCUGCAGCAUGAACGACUUUGCCGGCUACAAGCCAAGCGAUGGCAACAGUCCCGCUUUGAUCGAGCCCACGUGCAGUGCCGCUCUCAACUGUACCUGUGAUAAGGAGAACUUCGCGCCCAUCUGUGCCGAUGGCAAGAUGUACAUCUCGGCCUGCCACGCCGGAUGCAGCAGCUCCUCGCUGCGUCCCAGCGACAAUCGCACCCUCUACUCCGAUUGCGCUUGCAUUCCAGAUGCUCCGGAGGCGGUCAACGGUUACUGUGAUAAUAACUGCAAGAACUUCAUCUACUUUAUACUGAUCUUUGCCAUUUGCGUAUUUAUGCAUUCCACCUCCGAGGUGGGCAGCAUGUUGCUCGUCAUGCGCUGUACACAUCCCAAAGAUAAGGCCAUGGCCAUGGGUGUGAUACAGUCGGCCAUCGGCCUGUUCGGCAACGUUCCCUGUCCCAUCAUCUACGGCGCAGUGGUGGACUCCGCCUGCCUCAUCUGGAAGUCGGUGUGCGGCAAGCACGGUGCCUGUUCGCUCUACGAUGCGGACACUUUCCGGCAAUAUUUCCUAGGAAUCACGGCUGGCAUUAUGUUCCUGGCAUUCCUGAUGGACCUGGUGGUGUGGCGCAAGGCGCACCGCAUCGACAUCGCGCCGGAGGAUCCGCAGGAGGGUGGGCCCGCGUCCAACGGCAGGACCUUGGAGGUGUCCGAGUCCAAGCAGCCCAUCUCUCCGGCGCCGGACACGACGGUCUAGGGGGAGCGGGUCGGAGACGAGCCUUGCACUUGCUGCAGGAUUUCCAAUAAACGUUUACCUUAAUUGUUAAUUAGUUAUCAUUUGUCUAGUUUGUUAGCCUAGUGCAAGAGUUAUGUAUUUAGUUAAGAGGCAUCUUCGAGCGUCGGGAGACCUCAUUAAAAUCCACAUUAGAACGCGCUCGUCCAGCUCCCGAUCCCGCUCCAAAUCCCAGCACCAUAUUCUACAUGAAACCCAUGGAUUACGAUUUAAAUCCUUGUAAAUCUCAACGCGAAACAAUGAAAUGAAAUUCUAGACAUUAUCAAACGCAUUAUCAUGCAUGUGCGUAGUUAAUCGACAAACAAAUAAUAUAAAAACUGAUUGACAAUUGUGCAAAAUGCAAGAAAAUUGAUAAAUCCUUAUGUGUAAACUAUAUGUAACAGUUAUAUCGCGAUGAAUGUAAUCUAUAAUUAAUAUAUUAGACAUACACUUACAUGUAUGUAUGUAAUUGCAACCUAUCUGUGGUAGUUAAAUUUUAGUUAAAAUUCAAAUUAAUUGUCUAAGUUUGUCAUACAACAAAUAUAUACGAAAAGAAAUUAAAUGGAAAACUAUAUACAAGUAA